AUGUAUGCAGAAAGCCAGGAACAAACAAAUGUUGAGUCGUGGGUUACUGUCGUGCGUAAGCUGCGCUAUAAGGAUUAUCAGCUGGUCGCUAAGCCAGGGAUCGUGACACUGGAUGGUGAAGCUCCUUCUGUUACUGGGUUGUGGGAGGUCUCUAGUGUCAAAGAGUUUGGGGAAUUUAUGUCCAAGAGGGGGACGAACGUGUUCGAGUCCUGGAGAAAAGCAAUGGGAUAUGCGGCUGCCUGA